AUGGAUAGCUGUGAGAAGCUGAUAGACAGUUCGGUGGAGGACAGGCUGGGUGCAGAUGAGUGCUGGGAGAUCAUCAAGAAUCUUGACUCCACUCUUGAACGAUUUCAUUUGAGGCCCAGACUUAACAUUUCAGAUGAUUUAAAGAUUGGCUUUUAUAGCACAGAUCAUGCUACUCAAACAGAUUCCAGUGAAAUUUUGCCAUUAAAGGAGUUGAGUACAACUACAGAAAAGCUAGUGCAGGCUGUUAAAUUCAUUAAAGUGGAUUUUGGGUUCCUGAAAGACUUACUUCAAUUGCAAUUCGAGGAUCGAAUUAAAGAGGAGGCUUUUAAACUCUCCACCACUCUGAAUGACAGGAUCAUAUCAAUUGAGAAAUAUCGUAAACAGAUUGAGGAGCAGAUGAGAAAAUGCUUCCAUCAGCAGUUAGCGGAUGCCAUAGCUAUUACCAAAGGAAUGUAUGCGAAAUUUUUUGAUGUGGAAGAAGGAAAAACUUUUCUACAGGACUCAAAUGCUGUAAAAAUUAAUGUUUUGUCAAAAAAACUGAAGGAGAAAGAAAGUAUCAUUAAGGAAUUAUCAGAGAAACUAGAUGAAUAUGAAGAAAAUGAUUUUUUAAGACUUUUAAUGAACAAGGAGUCCCUUGCCAAAGUGCUCAGCUUUCCAAAAGUAUCCAUAGAAAAGGAAAAUUUGGAAUGGAAAGCGGAAAAUGAGAGACUGACUGAAAUAAUUUCAGAACUUGAAGAUGAGAUACAAUUCAGAGUGAAAGAAAAUACAGUAUUAGAAGCUGAAAUUUUAAGUCUGAAAGAGAAGGCAGAAAAGGAUCAUAAAGCCAUUCAGAGGUUAAUUGAUGGAAGAGAGAAAUUAAGAGCUGAACUUGAAAAUGAAAAAAUAUUUGUUCAAGAUAUGGUUGUGAAAGCAAUGAGGGGAAGAGAGAGCCCUUUGUUCCUAUUUCCAUCAAGGCCCCAGACACCAUCCAUGGGUAUAAUAUCUUCAAGAACAACCAUGCUUCCUAUAAGCACAUCAUUUGUUGGAAAACUAAAGCCCUUGACAAAGUCUUCAAUAGAAGAACAACUGUUGACAGAGGAAGAGACCUCUGCAGUGGCAGAACUACCUAAAGCAAAGGAACCUCAGGAAGCACAGCCUAAGGCAAAGGCAAAGCGACGAAAGGGAAGAAAAAGAUAUCCCCAGGUCACUCUGCUUUUUGAGAAAAAUGCCAGACAGCUUUCCAUAGCAGUUGUACCAUUUUACAGUCACACCAGUGGUUCUUCAGAGUUCCAGUCUUGCAGGCAGUGCAGUAAGGCACAUCACGGGCCAGGCAGCCUAGGUGCAGAACACUGCCAGACCUUUGGGCCUUCUUGGAGUUGGGCCAAUGGGGAUCUUGGACAUUGUGAGCUAGCUGGCACAGGAGAUGUGGACAAGGCUGACUGCAAUGAGGAUGUCUUGCCUACCUGUGGAGGGAAACUCAUUGGAGCUGCUGUGAAUCUGUAG